GUGGAAGAGGCACGGGCGCACGCGUGUUUCCCAGCGGACCAGCGAGCUGCGGCAGCGUAGCCCUUGUACCUUUUGAAAUUAACAAUGUCGGCUCACUACAUGCAGUUCCAGAAGGUGGCCGCGGACCGUGUAGAACGGGUCCGUGCCAAAUUGGGUCUUCGGAGCAGCGCAGAGGAGCAGCAGGGAGCGAUACAGCUGCUAGCUUACCUGCGGGCUCCGGGACACGUCGUCACAGAUGUCCUCGAGAGGCUGCACGCCAAGGACAUGCCCCUGGACACAUUUCUGCGGAAGCACGACAAGCUCUGCAGGCCUGUACUGCUGCAGGGUUUGUUAGAAGAAUGGAAAGCCGUGGAACGAUGGUCACUUUACAGCCUUGUGUCCCGACACAGCGACGAUGAGUUCGUGGUAGGACUAGAUCGCCAACGGCACCAGGAGGUAUGCAUAAAGAUGAAGUACAUUGCCUACUACCUCAAAGAGUAUCGGGACCCGACACCCUUCCAAAUCAACGACGAUAUGAGCCAAGGGAACAAGAGACGACUUCGCGAUGACUACGAGGUUCCGUCAUACUUCAAGGACGAUGCGUUCAAGUAUGCACCAGAGACGGAUCUGCCGUCAAUGCGGCUUUUCCAGCUUGGUCCAGCGUUGUCUGGAGACCGCAUUCAGUGUAGCCCGUACCACUGCAACUACUGGAAUGCCUUGGUACACGGAAGCCGGCGUUGGUGCCUGUUCUCGCAUCACACACCUCAGGAUCUGGUUUGCGAAGAUCCACGUUCGAGAGGCCGUCGUUUGGAGUCCGCUGUUGCGUGGUUCGAACGCAUCUAUCCGCGUACUCAGUCGUCUCGUUGGCCACGCUACUUCAAGCCAAUGGAAAUAAUUCAGGGUCCUGGAGAAGUCGUCUUCGUUCCUGCAGGCUGGUGGUACGUGUGGAUCAACCUGGAAGUGUCUGUUUCUGUGGCACAUCAGCACUGCAGCCCCUUGAGAGUGUCGAAAGCGUGGCCGCGGAUCGUUCGCGGGAACCAACCCCUGGAACUGGGAUGGUACGACGUUCUGCGUCGCCGUCGUCCAGAGCUCGCAGUCCUUAUUCCCAAGGGACGCCGUGGACGACGGAGAUCCAGUGACAGCGACACGGAGACUCGCUCGGAGACGUUCGACACAACUUUUACGUCAUGCACCACGGAACGCGAGCGUGACAUCUCUGAGGAAUUUGUAUCAGAUAAUUCGUAAACAAUAAAUAUGCAAUGACACUGCUUAAUGUAUA